UUUUAUUACCUGGCCGCUAGGCUUGUCUCUUACGCCAUCCUUACCUUUUAUUGACACACGCAUGGGACUCAGAAUACGUUAAUGGACUGCUUAUUGAUACGUACUCUAGCCUAAUCACUACGGAAGAAUUGCGGACGCAGCAGUUCAGUACUACAUCCCCGUUAUCGAUGUCAAGCCGCGCUUCUGAAGGGCUGAGCAGUCGCCAGUGUUAGCCAAUUCAACACAUUGUCGGGUCGUACGAACUCACUAAUAUCGUCUCAUUGCGGAUUUCUCUGCACAUAAUCUAUUCUCGCAUCAGUUUCUUCAGCGAUCCACAAGCGCAUUGGUUGAUAGAGCACUUCAAUACUAAAAAGCUAGUGCUACUCUAACUACUUCCGGCGUUCGGCUGCCCGCCAUGCUCAAAGUCAUCAUUCAGGAUCUCAAUUGAUAAUGCCUAGUAUUCGAGUCUUCAGUCGGGACCACCCCGUUCGCACUCUUAUUUUGGCCACUUCAGACGAUGCGUUGGUUUUCCAACAUAGCUUACGGGAGUCUGCCAACAAUCAUUCAUCAGUCAAUCAUGACAGGCAACGCUGCUUGGUGAAGUUUGCCAGUCUAUCUUCCAUAGACUUGGCAAGUUACCGACCUUUAGGAUCUGGGUACGGUACCCUCGGGCUGGUCACUAUAGACCAUGAUGUGUUUGUUUGUGUUGUCACGCGCUCUUCCAAGGCAGCCACAGUCAGGCCUGGAGAGACAGUUUUAAGAAUUGAGGACGUAGAUCUCUAUUGUUUGAACCGUUCCGAAUAUGAAUUUACUCCCUAUUAUGACGCGGAGUCUUCUGUCAAUGAAGACACCAUUUCUAAUACACUCCCGGCGAAAGAUCCUUUUCUAGCCCUGAAGAAACUCCUGACUGAUGGUAGCUUUUACUACAGUCUUGACUUCAAUCUUACAGAUCGACUGCAGGAUCGUUCAGACAAGUUGACAGCUUUUGAUAUCGAUUCCCUUGACAAAGAUGUUUUGUGGAAUGCAUAUAUGAUCCAACCUCUUCUCAUGUUUAGAUCCCACCUACCACCGUAUGAAAAACAACUUCUCGAUGCCUCUCAGAUUCUCACAUGUGUUAUCCGGGGAUUCUGCGGGACAAUAGCCAUUCCUGCUAAUGCUAACGUCUUACAUUCCGAGCCCAAGGCACAUUUGCCUUCAAUGCUGACCCUCAUUUCCCGUUUGUCUUCACGACGAGCAGGCACUCGAUUUAAUGCUCGCGGUCUUGACGACGAUGGAAAUGUGGCCAACUUCGUCGAGACAGAGACAAUCUUGGUUUGCGGAACAUCCGGGGUGGCCUUCUCUUAUGUGCAAGUGCGUGGCUCCGUCCCAAUCUUCUGGGAGCAAGCCACAGGAUUUCUCCCCGGGCAACAAAAGAUUGAAGUGACCCGAUCAAUUGAGGCUACUCAACACGCGUUUGACAAACAUAUCCAGUUUUUGGAGCUAGAAUAUGGCGCUGUCCAUGUGGUCAACCUUCUAUGUGAAUCAAAACCGGGUGAAAUUGAACUUUCAACAAGGUUUCGCGAACAUAUAAGGAGGAAUCUCAGCAGCAAAAAAUCAAAUCUGCCUUCAGAUCAUGCUCUGUUACGUACUACAGAGUUUGAUUUCCAUGCAGAAGCUCGGGGCCCCCUAGGAUAUGGGGCCGGAAAUCAAAUAAAGCACGAGCUUACACAAUCUCUCAAUGGCUUUGCGUACUUUCUCUCUAAGCAAAACCGUCCGUCUGAGAUACCUGGAACAUCCGUUGUUCUACAACAAGAAGGAGUCUUCCGCACCAAUUGCCUGGAUUGCCUUGACCGGACAAAUCUUGUGCAGACCAUCAUUAGCUUACUGGCCCUUGAAUCGUUCCUGUCGCAAGAAAACAGUGUGCUAUACUCUGAAGUUCACCAUCGGCACUCCAUACUCUGGGCUGAUAAUGGAGAUGCUUUAUCAAAGAUCUACGCGGGCACUGGUGCUCUCAAAAGCUCGUAUACACGACAUGGGAAGAUGUCCAUUGCAGGUGCCUUGGCCGAUGCGCGUAAAACUGCCGCCAGAUUGUACAUCAACAACUUCUCAGACAAAGCUCGACAGAGGACAAUCGAUCUUAUGUUGGGUCUCCUGCCAGAUCAGCUGCCAGUGCAUCUCUACGAUCCAAUCAAUGACAUGGUCUCUGCUAAGCUGGAUCGAAUAUCAUCAGAAUUCACUUCCAAGAAAUUAGCCGAUAUCUGGACCGGAACGUUCAACGUGAAUGGACGUGUCCAAGGACCCGGUACUGACUUGAGUCCUUGGUUAUUUCCCGAGGACAAUGACCAGCGCAAGUGUCCGACUAUAUUCGCUGUUGGAUUCCAGGAGAUUGUUACCCUGAGCCCUCAGCAGAUCAUGUCAACAGACCCUACAACCCGUAAAUCCUGGGAGCUUGCCGUCAUGGAUUGUUUAAACUCACGCGCAGCUGCGCGGGGAUCACCGAAGUAUGUACUUCUGCGAUCAGGUCAAUUGGUUGGGACAGCUCUGAUGAUCUACGUGCGCGAGGAUAUUCUCAGAGACAUAAAGAACGUGGAAGGAAGUGUAAAGAAGACCGGGCUUUCUGGAAUAGCUGGUAACAAAGGAGGCUGUGCCAUCCGCUUCGAAUAUUCGAAUACCAGGCUUUGCUUCGUAACCGCUCAUUUAGCUGCUGGCUUUGCGAAUUAUGAUGAACGGAACAAUGACUACGAAACUAUUUGCCAGGGACUUCGCUUUCAGAGGAAUAGAUUUAUUGAGGAUCAUGACGCUGUUAUAUGGCUGGGAGACUUCAAUUAUAGGAUUGGCCUUCCCAAUCAGACGGUUAGGGACUUGGUAAGACAGAGCAAUUAUCAGAAGCUCUAUGACAAUGAUCAACUGAAUCUGCAAAUGCUCGCGGGCAGGGCUUUCCAAUUCUACAGUGAGGGUCUUGUCACGUUCCCCCCAACUUACAAAUAUGACGUGGGCAGUGACACCUAUGACACUUCUGAUAAAUCACGUAUUCCCGCAUGGUGCGACAGGAUUCUGUGGAAAGGACCAGAUCUGCGACAAAGCGGCUAUGGUGCUUCAGACAUGCGACUUUCCGACCAUCGUCCUGUAUGGGCAACCUUCACAUGCACAAUUAGCAUCGUUGAUGAGACUCGGAAAGAGAGUUUGAGGCAGUCGCUCCACGCUCAACAAUGGAGUAAAUCCCAAACGGUUGGAACCCAAAUAACUCAAUCAAUGCGCACAGACGAUAAUGUCCUCAUACCCGUCGAACCUACCGCUACCGGGCUUCCUCCACCUAGCUCGGAGCACCGUAAAUGGUGGCUAGAUAAUGGUGCUCCCGUAAAAUCAUCUAUACGGCCCCCUGCCAAGGACUAUAUACUGAAUGAGCACCGGACUUCAAACCCUUUCUCAUAUAGCGAAAGCGAAAAACUUGAAUGGGUUCCCAUUGUUGCGACGCAAAGGAAGUUUAUGGUUACCGGUGGUGCCAUUUCUAGGAAGCCUCUAGUUCCACCCAGAAGUGCAGCAGCUUCAGUGUCGCCUCGGUCUCUGCAAAAUAAGCCCCUAAAAGCAGAAGAGCAUCAAAAAGCUUAUUCGCCGCCGAUACCUGCGAAGCCCAGCUCGCUCGCUUUGAAUCAAUCAACACCAUUGCCGCGCCAAUCCGCCAGUGCAUGCGGCGAUGCCACACUUCCGAUUGCCUCAGGGUCAUCGUUACCGACAGCACUACUAGAUGAUGAUGUCAAUGUGGAGUUCAAUUGGCAGCCUCUCCUUCGAUGA